UUCCUGGCUAUACAUCAAGAAUCUACAAAAGUUGGAAAUUUGCAAGUGAGGUUUAGUUUUGGGUGGAGGGGGACCUGCAGCAGGCAGCUGUUUCUGGCUGCCCUUUAGAGUUCUGCGUGCUGCUGUCAGACCAUGAGCAAUUAUUCAAUCUCAGUGCUUCUUAGCCAGGUGGGACUUUUCCAGUACAGCAAGGUACUCGAGAAGAAAUAUUGUGGUUUGGAGGGUUUACUCUGUGUGACUGACUCAGACUUGAGAGAAGCAGGGAUUCAGAGCCAGCAACACCGUGAGGCUAUCCUCUCCAACAUCAAGAGGCACCAGUGGAGAGACAGCCAUAAAAGAGGUGUCAGUGUGUCCAGCUCAGCCUCCACUACUGGUCCUUUCUCAACAACUAAAGUACGCCGAAAGCACUCCCUUGGCUCUUCCAUUGACCUGUUGAAACCGGAGAAGAGGCUCACCGGACAAAGCUUCAGCCUCUUUCGACAGAGCAUCCUCCCACGCCUUUGGAAAAAACAACGAGUCUCUUCCUGCCGCGAUCUUCCCACUCUGGUUGAAACAAGCGAUUCCCAAGUGCAGGAAGCACACACUGACGUGAGCGCCUUAGUUCUGCUCUGCAGAGAAGAAAAAGAAGAAGAAAGGUCACAGCGAGCCAGUAAACCACAAGCUGUGUGUGUCCAGCAGCACCGUUUGACGGUGUCGGCAGAAGGGCGCGACAUGGAGGCACGGAAGGACCAGCUGAAAAAAGAACUGGAAGAGGAGCUGAAGCUGAGCCAGGAUGACCUUCGUAGCCAUGCUUGGUACCACGGGAGGAUCCGGCCAGAGGCAGCAGAAGCACUCCUGAAACAAGAUGGAGACUUUCUAAUCCGGGAUUCCACCACCAGCCCCGACGACUACGUCCUGACCUGCCGCUGGGACAGCAAGCCCAUUCACUUCCGCAUCAUUCGGAUUGUGCUGAGGCGCAAGCAGGGCUACACUCGCAUGCUCUUCCAGUUUGAGCAGGACCAGUUUGACAAUGUCCCUGCCCUGGUACGCUUCCACGUGGGUAAUCGCAAGCCCGUGUCUGAGAAGUCGGGAGCCGUCAUCAUGAACCCAGUUAACCGCACCGUCCCCCUGAGGGUCAUCGAGGAGGAGAGGCUGGCCAAGAUGAAACCUGUCCUGCAGCCUGAACGGCUCCCAGUGGCUGACCUCAACAAAAGACUGAGCCUCAAUGGCAGCUCCCUGGACAAUGCACUGCCCAGCGACAGUCUCCUCAGGAGCAAAGAAAAGAGUGGGAGCCACCCCGCAAGUCUGGAGACAUUAGGCAGAAGACCCUCUCUACAGUCGGCCCAGUCGGACAGCAACCUGAGAGCUGGCAUCACCACGUCCCAGCCUAAAACGGCAGAUCGAGAGCAGCAGCACCUGGCGCCAGUGUAUCGGACCGGCAGUGACCCGCUGCUCAGCCCCAAUGCCCUACGCACUGUAGCCUUGCAGCCUGAGGGUGGCUCGGCCUUGAGGGGCUCAGAUGGGCAGCUGCAUUCACGUGCACCCCCCAAGCCUCUACGCAUCCCCUCCGUCAUCUUCAGCUACCCUCCUGUAGACCCCCAGCAGCCUCCUGACAGCAACGAGGACCCCUCCAGUCACUACUCAGAAUUCGUCCCCUAUGCUCCUCCUCCACCUCAGAGCCACGUGGAUCGUCUGCGAGUGGAGGAGCGCUGGAAGAGUCGGAUUCGCAUGACCGGCACCAGUUACAACAUCCUGGACUCCAUUUCACCGCCUCUUCUGGACUCCCAUCGGGAGGAAUCAUGCAUUGCGGAGGAAGACCCUCCAGGUGUGUCGGAUCAGGACCCGCCUUUUACGAGGCCCCAAGCAGAAACAACAUCCUCAUUUCAGGUUGCUACCUUCUCUUCGCUCAUCCUGCCUGAAAACAACAAGCCCCUGGACCCCGGCGUGAUUAAACAAAUUAAAGAACUGUUUUCAGAGAGCGACCCCAAGAAAAUAGCCUUUCACAUACUCAAGAUGGACAGCCAGGUUAUUCGAAUGGUGAAUGUUAGCAAGGAGCAGCGGCAGAAGAUGGGUGUGAGUUCUGGUCUGGAGCUCAUUACCCUACCGCAUGGACACCAACUGCGGGUCGACCUGCUUGAGAGGCACCAUCUGCUUGCACUGGGCAUCGCUAUCGAUAUCCUGGGCUGCACUGGCACGGUCAAUCAGCGGGCGGCUGUGCUGCACAAGAUGAUCCAGGUGGCCAAUGAGCUGAGGGUGACGGCCGGAGAUCUUUUCGCUUUUUCUGCUGUGAUGAAGGCACUAGAAAUGCCACAGAUACUACGACUGGAGAUGACUUGGCGUACACUUCGACGGAGUCACACAGAGAGUGCCAUCACCUUUGAGAAGAAGCUGAAGCCCUACCUGAAGGCUCUGAAUGAGGGGAAAGAUGAGACCCCCACGAAUGAGCUGACAAUUCCUCAUAUCCUCCCGCUGUUGAAGCUCAUGGAGGGGCUCGACUUAGGAGAGCACACAGAGCACAGCUGUGAGUUGUUACUAAGAACCCUGGCCAGAGCGCGACUCCUUACAGUCAACGCAGACCAGUUUGGCUCCCAGGCCCAGAAACUGUUGGCAGACAAUGAAGUAAAUGAAAAGCUACUGGAAGUGUUUAAGACGGAGUUUGCGCUCAAAUUUUUUUGGGGAAAUAAGGGGGCAGAAGCCGAUCAGAAGGUCCGCCAUGAGAAAUUUGACCAGAUUCUCACUGUGUUGUCCAGGAAGUUGGAACCUGACGAUGUACGAGAGAGUUAGAAGCGGUACUGCCGGUUUUCUUUACCUACUGGGACUGCUUGGCCCGAUGGCAUUACAAGUGGAAUGCAUCCAGCGAUGGUUUGUACAGAGAGCUCUUCCCGUUUUAAGUACUACAUCAAUAACCGCUGGAUGUUCUUUUAAUAAGAACACAAAAUUAAGCUUCAAGAAACAAGAAGGACUUGCUCUUGGAAGAACAUCUUGCAAAAUCGGCCAAUGAGAAUGGUUCUAACACUUGUGUCAAAUACCUGUGUUCUUGUGAAAAUCGUCAGCCUCGUCCAGUCCAUUGUCAGUUCUGCCCUCUUCUUAUUCUCCACAUUUGUGUUAUUUAGGCCUGUGGGAGGAAAAUCAGAAUAUCCAUAUUAGCAGAUGCCCAAAUAACACAAGGUCGGCAGAUGUCCUGAUUUAAAUUGUGAGGAAUCCUGGAAGUAACGCAUCUACCACGCAAGAGGUCUGUCAAGGAAUGAAGAUGUGGAGACGAGCACAGCUGACGCACACUCCUUGAUGUUUAUGUGGCACUGACUUUACUGCAGCACAGACCUCUGAUCAAAAAAUAUACAGUACUGUGACGCAAAAGUGGAGAUGCAGAGAGAUUUUUCGAGUUAAAAUUUCCUUCACAUCAAACGUUCCCGCACAUGCAUUUUAAAAACUGUUAUGGCACAGGAAGCAGUAUUUUCUUAAUAAAAGUUUUUUUUAUGGUGU